AUGACAAGUGCCGCAACCAUGAUCAGCGGCGGCACGGCGGGCAGUGGCGGGGGAGGCGACGGGACCGGAACCGGAACCCGCGCCUCGUUCAAGGACAGCCGGGCGUCCCUGGUGCCGACGCCGGAUGCCGGGAGUGUCGGUGGCCGGAGCAUCGCGACGCGAUCCCUCACGGCCUCGCCGGCCUCCACCUCCCUGUCCUGCUCGUCCUCGCCGACCCUGCCCCUGGCCGGGCUGAUGAUGCACGAGCCAGAACGCGUCCGUAUGCGCUCGGCUGCCGGCAGCAACCGGCGGCGCGUCAAGGACUUCAACGACAGCAUAACCUGCACCCUCUGCAGCGGCUACCUGGUCGAGGCCACCACCGUCAACGACUGUCUGCACACAUUUUGCCGGUCGUGCAUCGUCAAAUACCUCGAGAGCAACAAGUACUGUCCCAGAUGCAAGUCGUACAACAGCAAGCCGAUUACGGCCGCUAAUUUAAGACCCGACCGGACACUGCGAGCCCUCGUCUACAAGCUGGUGCCCGGGCUGCACAAAUCCGAGAACCAAAGAAUGGUUCAAUUCUACGCAGACAUUUCCUCCUCCAACAACGUCCCGUUCGGUGACGAUCAGCACCUGACCCAGGGUGCGCUCAGCCUGCUGGACGAUCAGAACUUCUUCUCCCCCGACGAGCCAAUCAGUCUCUCGCUGGAGUACCACUAUGACACGCUGGCCGAGCACAGUGCGGCCACUGCGAAGGUCCCCGUCACGUACCUCCAGUGUCCGGCGGCCGUGACUGUGCACCAUCUGUACAAGUUCAUCCUGACCAAGAACGGGCUGCUGGUCGGCGCGGACCACAUUCGGGUGGAGAUCAUCUACGAGGACGAGGUGCUGCCGUCCGACUUCACGCUGAUGGACGUGGCCUACUGCUUCGGCUACAAGCGGAUAGCACCGAUGCGGUUUUUCUAUCGCAUUCUCAUACACUCGACCGCGAAACCGGCCCCGACCACCACCGCGUACCACCGUGUGGAGGGCCAGGACAAAAAUAGUACCACCACCACCAGUAGCAGCGGUGGUCACGAUGGCGGCGGUGCCGAUUCUACGACUCACGGUGCCAGCUCACCGACUCCCACCGCGGCCGGUCGGACGACUGGUCAGCAGCGGACGGGUGAGCGGCAACAGGCAAAGGCGGCCGGUACUGGUACCGCGGCUCAGUACGUGCGACCUCGCGAAGAUGACGCUAAUAAUAGUAGUCGGUUGGGCGCAAGCAGCAAGGAGAACGCCGUUAGCAACGGUGCUGGUGGCCUCGAGUCGCAAAGCUCGACUGUGGGCUACCUCCACAAUGGGAAUGCAAAACAGGCCGGUGGGAAAUCACCAGUGGCUGGGGAGACGUCGGAAGCGUCGGAAAAGCCAUCGUCCACCGUCGAAAAGAAGACCGGUGGAAAGUCAAGCCCCCCGACGACAACGACGGCGCCGAAGAGAGGUAGCCUGAAGAUGGUCCUCGUGUCAACCAGCUCAUCGAAGGGGAUAAAAGGUGACCCAGCCACGCCUGGAGAGUCUAAAAGCCAAAGCCCUCCAACCAUGAAGGCCACCACUCCUCUGGCGAUCGAACCCCCCAAAGAACACACCUCCGAAAAGGUCAGGUCUCAAACCGCACCGGAAAAUCAAAAGCCAGCAUCGUCCUCCAGUGAACUGAAAUGCUACGUGAACCUGAAGAAACAAACGGUCGUCGGUGGAGCGACUCCUACAGCCGCCGAGAAACAACAACAACAACAACAGCAUCCGGUGGAGAUUCCUCGGCUCAAAAUCGACUUACCGCGGCUCAAGGCAAAACUGUCCGUACCCGGGGAAAGACAUACUCCCGGUGGAAGUCCACCGAGUAGCAGCAGCUCGUCGGCGGCCACGUCACCAUCGUCGGCGGCUUCGGCGGCCAGUGGAACUUCCGCCUCCGGCAAGAGCCCAGUUUGGCCGAUGGGAAAGGAAGAGUACGCCAAAACGAUUGGCCUCAAGCCGGUGUACGCGGUUGGGUGCGAAGUAGACAAGCACGGCGAACCCGGUGGUUCGUCCUCCUCGUCGCACCGGAAGCGCAAGAAGGGAAAGCACUCGAAGGAAGCCGGAAGCAGUGGUAAGCGGCGGAAGUUGCAUGCUGAAAUCUCCUCCCAGCAGGACGCAAGCCUGAAGAUGAAGGUGAAGCUUACCGAAAAGCCACCGAAGCACGAGCGGCUUAAGUCGUCCGGGAACGAGGAGGAGCCGGUCCAGGCGCCUCAACCGAUUCAGCCUACAGCAACACCGACACCACCACCUCCACCACCACCCCCACCCAUGUCGAAGGUGAUUGACAUCACCAAGGACGACGAUGAUGUUAAGUUUGUUAACGAACAACCUCCGUCAGCGACAUUGAAGACCCCGGCGAGAAGAAGUCCGCCGCAGGUGGAAACAGCCGCCCCGGUCGUCACAACCGCCUCCUCAAGUGUGUCCAGUAUGUCGUCGAAGGACAAGUUGAGUGAAAUGCGUGCCAUUCGCCACAAACCAAUGGUGUACAUCCCAAAUCUCGACCGCAGCCUGUCAGCCGAUGCGUCCAUCAGUUCGCUAAUGGAAUGUGUCCAGGUGAAGGCUCCCAUCUUGAAACCGACUCCGGCGUUGAUUCCAGCCUCGACAGCUUCGACGAUGGCUGGGAAGUCACAGCCUCGCACCCCAAUUUUGUCACCCCGCACCAUGCAGUCCUAUCCCCCGCUGGCGUACCCCCUGACCAACUCCACAGCAACCCCAGCUGUCAGUGCGGGAUCUCUCCGCCCGAUGGCGCCACCACCGAUGAAACGGUCCAUCAGUUCCGACAGCGGUUCCUCGCAGCAGCAGCACCCAUCCAAGACGGUACGGCUCGAUCCACCCUCGCUCGUGUCCCCCUCAACUCCGCAUUCGCCCGCAAACACCAACAAACAACCGAUCCACGCACCGAUGUUCAAUUUCGCCAAGGGUGCGAACCGUGCCAAAGCCGCCCAACAGGCAGCCGGAACUAAUCAGCCGCAGUCGCCGGACGUCCCCUACCGGUCGCCGAUCAGUUCGUCCUACACGAAGGAAAUGGUCACGAAGAAGCCGAUCCCGAAUCUGCUCCUUCCUCCCUCGUCCAUCAGCGUCACGAAGAUGUCCGACAUGGUAUCGUCCUCGUCGUCUACCAGCAUGGGCACCAUGGUCGAUCACCGACCAGCACUGGAGAUUGUGCGCAUUCCACAGAACGCCCCGGUAGCCGAUAAGCCCUCGUUGGCUCCGUUCACCACACCACCGCCGAAACUCGCCAACUCCAGUGGUACACCGAAAACCACGCGACCUCCACCGGCCACCAUUCCGCUGAUAAAGAUCAAGAAACCUACGACGGACGGUCCAGCGACGGUGUCGAGCAGCUCGACCGCCUCUACGCCUCCCGGGAUGAACCCGUUGAGACCGAAGGUGGGUGGUUCGGGAAGCAUUCUGGAUCUCUCCGGAAGCCGGAGACUCUCGGACGAGGUGAUCAUACUCGAUCAUAGUCCGGCUAAGAGCAGUACACAGAUGGAAGGAACCAAGAGCAACUCGAUCGAUCGGGAGCUGGAACGGCUGGCGGCAGCUAAUCGACGCAAUAGCAUCCCGGGAUUGAAGCUUCCCCCGGAUAUGAUUGGCUUCCCGAUAUCGGCACCAUCGACGAUGACGUCCUCACUGAUGACCCAAUCGUCGGGUGGGGGUCAAAAGACGCUAGCCCCGCUUCCGAAGCUGACCGAAAUCAAUCGCAACCGGAACAUGGCCGUUCGGCAGCCGAAUGCGUCCAUCCGCAGCAUUCCCAACCCUUCGGCACUGGCUUUCCGGGGAGCACAGUCGGCGGCUUCGACGGCGGUGACAAGUGCCGGUACUAUGUCCCUUUCGGCACACUCCUCGUCCGGUAUGUCCAUCUCGACAGCUUCCGGCAAUGGCAACGGUUCGCUGGUCGGUAGCAACAAUCGUGCUUUGAUGGCGGCAGCAACCUCACUCACGUUGGCCAGUAUGACAAACACCUUCAAAACCAGCGUGUCCAACGCGUCGUCACUGAGCAACGGAUCAUCAUCCCGAACAACCGGGGCCUCGAACGGCAACACGGUUUCACCACCGGUCAAUGGCGGUGCAAGUGGCAACAACAAUAAUAACAACAACAUUAAAAUUGCCAACGCCAACACCACCACCUCCCUAGGCAGUCCCGGAAGUGGGAAGAAAACGAUCGAGAAAGUAGCCGCCGUACUGAAGGCGGCCGCUGCUACGGUUGACAGUUCCAACCGCGGCCUGAUGACCACCUCUACACCUACCGUAUCGUCCGCAGUCUCAACCACAACCAGCGGAAGUAACGCCAACACCGGCAGUGUUACCAGUUCCGGUUCACCACCGUCGAACGGAAGCGAAGGAAAGCAGGGCAACGGUUCUCCAUCGCGGACGGCUGUCAACUCUAGCGGCUCGUCGCCACCGACUACGAUGGCGAUGGCGUCUUCUACUAACGGCGGUAACCGUGCCAACGGUGACACUAUCGUUACGAGCGUUACCACAUCAACGAUGGCGAGCGUUGCCGGGACGAACGGGAGCGCCAAAAACAGUCCGGCAAGUAUAGUAAACGUUAACUAA